CUUAGUAAUUCAUUCAAUAGUAUUUUCUAGUUAGAAUUAGAAGUGUUUAAAGUGUAUUCAUUGCAUGUAAAAUAUAUCGGCAUGCGAUGACGUCACAUCCGGUUUCGCCGCGUCUUGUGGGAAAACACCGGUUUGAAAUUAGCGCGAGGGUGGGGGCUUUCCACGAGGCUCACCUGAGCACAAGCAGUUUUGCAGGCAUGAGAAAUCACAGUGAGAGCAACGCUUUUUCACCAUAUGUUAAUGUGAAGAGUGAACAGUAAAUGGUUAAUCUUACUGCGAUCUGGUUCUUAUUAACUGUGGUUUAUCCGGACGUUAAAUUCGGCGUUUCGUUACACCCGAAGGAGAACGUUACAGUGAAAAAGCGGCAUUAUCAGGUGUUUCAAGUGCUGCAAUGUCAGCUCAAUCCAGCAUCAAGUCGACGCCGCCCAGCGACAAGGGCAGUAAACCGACAUCAAGUAAGCCCACCCAGGCGUUAUCAGGUGUUCCAAGUGCUGCAAUGUCAGCUCGAUCCGGGAUCAAGUCGAUGGCGCCCAGCGACAAGGGCAGUAGAACGACAUCAAGUAAGUCCGCACAGGCAAGAGCCAAGGCAGAAGCCGCCAAGGUGCGACUGCAUUACGCCAAACAAGAAGCAGUUUUGAAAAUUAAACUGGCUGCCAGAGAAGCCGAAAGGGCCGCCAGAAAGGCAGAAGCCGCCAAGGUGCUACUGCGUUACGCCAGACAAAAAGCAGUUUGGAAAAUGAAACUGACCACCAGAGAAGCCGAAAUCCAGAGAGAAGAGGCUGCCAGACAAAGAGAAGAGGCCGCCAGAGAAGCCGAAACCCAGUUGGAAAUGACAAAAAUAUCGACAGAGUUGCAUGUGCUGCAGCUAGAAGGAGAAAGAGAAGCUGCCAGGGUGGAAGCAAAGUACAUAGAACAAGCUGAAGGGUCGCGUGAUCUGACCGAAGUAAGAUCGGCUUUGGAAAGGACCAGACUGGAACGCACGAGCGACUAUGUACAAUAUCAAGCAGACAGGCAGGCUCGUCUCCCCUCUCCAUACCUAUUCGAUAACUUCCCCAGCUACGAGGAAGAGAAUUUACCCUCGCGGCCCCGCGAUGAAGUCAAGAAUGAAAGGGCUGACAACCGAUAUACUUUGACACCAAAGUUACAAAGUUCGAUGCGAAGAGACGCGGAGGUUGAAUCCAGGAUGGCAAAUUCCAUGAGAAACGUGCGUUCUCAGUCAUAUGGGCGCCAACGCACUUCUCCAGCCCGCAUGCCGCUUGCAGCCGAUCCCACGCUGCAGUAUUUAGCACGACGGGAUCUCGUCACUUCGGGACUGUACCAGUUUGACGAUAAACCCGAAAAUUACCGCGCUUGGCUCUCCACAUUCACCAACGUGAUUGACGGGGUCCAGCUCAGUGCAACCCAAAGGUUGGACCUUAUGGCGAAAUGGCUGGGGAAAGAAUCACGCGACCAGGUGAGACGCAUGCGUUCAGUGUACAUCAACAAACCUGAGCUAGCCUUAAGCGAAGCGUGGGAGAGACUUUGGGAGAGAUAUGGGUCCCCCGACAUUAUUGAAGGGGCGCUAUAUCGACGUCUGGAAAACUUUCCUAAGGUGUCAGCCAAAGAUCACUUUAAGUUAAGAGAAUUCGGAGAUUUACUCAUGGAGAUCCAAGGCGCCAAAGAAGAUGGCUAUUCAGCUGGUCUAGUAUUCCUAGAUACUCCAUCCGGGAUUAGACCAAUUGUGGACAAACUUCCAUUUGGGCUGCAGGACAAGUGGCUGACUGUUGCCUCAGAGUACAAGGAAGACCACGAUGGUCGAUUUCCUCCCUUUGAGCUCCUCACUAGGUUUGUGUGCAAGGAGGCGAAGAGGCGAAACGACCCUAGCCUUGUAGGUCCAGGAAGCAGUUCGAUUUACACCAAGCCAGGCAGAUCCGUUUCGAAUGUUUUCAACAUUGAUAAACCCGUGUCAGUGCUCAAGACCGAAGCCCUUACGACUAACAACGACCCUGGCAAGUAUUGUCCAUUGCAUAACAAACCUCACCCCCUGAAAGCGUGCAGAAUGUUUAGGGAAAAACCCCUUGAAGAGAGGACGGCUCUUCUCAAGGAGGAAAGAAUAUGUUUUAGAUGCUGUUCCUCAACCUCUCACCUCGCCAGAGAGUGUACGAUCGCCGUGAAGUGUCCGGAAUGUGGCAGCCCAGAUCACGUCGAGGCCAUGCAUCCCGACCUGUCACCGCAAACCGAGAGUACUCCUUCACCCCCACAACGGGACGGCGGGGAGGGAGAGGCUCACUCUAGGUCAAUAGCUGUCAGCACGAACUGUACAGAAGUUUGCGGUCAAGCUCAGUCGAGUCGUUCUUGUUCCAAGAUCUGCCUCACUAAGGUGUACCCUAAAGGAGCCAAAGACAAGGCCAUCAAAGCCUAUGUGAUUCUGGACGAUCAGAGCAAUCGUUCACUAGUCAGUCCAGAGUUCUUUAAAUUGUUCAACAUUGAGAGUGAGCGGUUCCCAUACUACCUCAAAACUUGCUCAGGCAACAUGAAAACCCAAGGGAGGAAGGCAGAAGGCAUCCAGAUCGAGUCCCUGGAUGGUAAAGUCGUCAUCUGUCUCCCUCCGCUCUUAGAGUGCAAUGAAAUCAUGAAUAACCGCGCUGGGAUCCCGACACCAAGUGCGGUGCUACACCAGCCGCAUCUCCACCACAUCGCCAAACACAUCCCAGAACUGGAUCCGAAAGCGGAAAUACUCCUGCUAUUAGGAAGAGAUGUUAUCCAGGUACACAAGGUUAGGCAGCAGAUCAAUGGACCACUCAACGCCCCCUUCGCGCAACGUCUGGAUCUGGGCUGGGUGGUGAUAGGAGAGGUGUGUCUCGGUGACGUACACAAACCGAUGGUUAACACACUCAAGACCAAUGUGCUAGAGAGUGGCCGCCAUUCAAUCUUUCGACCCUGCCCGAGUGUCCCGUGCAUCAAGGAAGCACAACAAGGCGUUAACAAGCGCGAGGCAAGCGACGAGUCGCUGGGCCAGUCAGUCUUUGCUCUAACGAAGUAUGACAACAAACUUGCACAAUCAGCUCAAGAUACCAUUUCUUUAAAAAUCAAAGACACCAAGGUCUUCAGAGAUGAAGCAAAUAAUGGGGUUGCCCCAUUGCCAAUCAGAGAACCACGCCAGCGCUCACCAGAUAACAAAGAGCAGGCAGUCAAACGGUUCACGUCCUUACGGAAAACCCGGAAAAGGGAACCUGAGAUACAGCAACGCACCCGAUUGGCCCACGAGGUACUGUGCACCCUAAUGGCAGAGGUCACAGCCAUUAUAAACGCACAAUCAUUCCUACCUGUGUCUUCUGACCCAGAAAACCCCUUUAUACUUUCGCCAUCAACGCUCCUUACGCAGAAGGCAGGAGCACCUCCUCCACCAGGAGACUUCUCAGACAAGGAUUUGUACACAAAGCAAUGGAGACAAGUCCAGGCUCUGGCAAAUCAGUUCUGGUCCCGCUGGAGACAAAAAUAUCUACCUUUGUUGCAACAGAGACAAAAGUGGACAGAACCCCACAGGAAUCUUCAAGUUGAAGACUUAGUCCUGCUCAGGGACAAGCAAGCCACUCGCAACAGCUGGCCAACGGCCAGAAUCACUGCUACAUUCCCUAGCGAGGAUGGACAUGUCAGGAAGAUCGAAUUGAAGACUACCGACCAAGGCGAUGUGAAAAUUUACCAAAGGCCAGUUACAGAAGUUAUUCUACUUCUACCCAAUGACUGAUUAAGAGACUAAGUUUUGUACUCUGCUCAUUGUGACCUUACGAAGGUCAAGCGGGGAGUGUGCUGUCUUUACGACAGUUAUUUAGUUUAUAAUAUUUUCGCUUAGUAAUUCAUUCAAUAGUAUUUUCUAGUUAGAAUUAGAAGUGUUUAAAGUGUAUUCAUUGCAUGUAAAAUAUAUCGGCAUGCGAUGACGUCACAUCCGGUUUCGCCGCGUCUUGUGGGAAAACACCGGUUUGAAAUUAGCGCGAGGGUGGGGGGCUUUCCACGAGGCUCACCUGAGCACAAGCAGUUUUGCAGGCAUGAGAAAUCACAGUGAGAGCAACGCUGUAAGUUAAUAGAUAAUCGAUAUAUUGAACUAAGAUGUUAAUGCUGAUCCUGUUAGAGUUUUCACCAUAUGUUAAUGUGAAGAGUGAACAGUAAAUGGUUAAUCUUACUGCGAUCUGGUUCUUAUUAACUGUGGUUUAUCCGGACGUUAAAUUCGGCGUUUCGUUACACCCGAAGGAGAACGUUAC